CGCCUUUGCACUGAGACGCACGAAACACCGCCCGCGUUCCACUAGCACCCUUGUAAACGCAUGCGGUGAUUGGAUGGUGCAAAUGUGUCCAAUCCUGUCGUCCAGCAACCCCCUGGUGUGAAGAUUCUGUUACUUGCAUUGCUGUUAAAUGGAGGACCGGCCCCAUGGAGGGGCACCAACAAUAUAUUGCAAUCAUGGAGAAGAGAGUAGUCCUAAUCAAUCGAACAUAUCGGUGAACAAUGAUCAAAGACACUGUCAGCUUCAGGGCGAGGAAACGCAGACGAAGAAAAUAGAGAAUGGAAAAAUAAAUGGAACCACUGCAGAGGAAGAGGAGACUCCCACUUCCUUCAAUCAAGUCAGUUCAUUACAUCCCAUGAGUAGCAAUGGCGGCACACAUCCCAUAGAAAUCAACCUGAAACAGAAGCCUCCUAGAAAGGCCUUCAUUGCCAACUCGCCAGGGGAAAAGAAAGGCAAUAACAACUCUACAAGCAGCAUGGACUGCAAAAAUGACAAGCCCUCUGACUUGAAAAUACUGGAGGGCAAAAGGGAGACUCUGGCCUCAUUGAAUGGUGUCGUGACCGUUAACUCUGGCCAGCUUGCCAACGGUUAUCCCAACGUACCCUGUGGAGACAAUGAUGGAAGCGGCUCGGAGAGCGGAUACACAACCCCCAAGAAGCGUCGAGCCCAACGGAACGGCAAGGCUGGGGACAGUGUGAUCGCCGCCCAGGUGAAGACCAUGCAUCAGAUCCCAGUGGCUCCUGACUCACCCAGCAAACCACAAGGCUCGCAACCUGACGGUGGCAGAGUGCCUUCCAAAGCAGAGUCCCACUCUGGUGGACCAAAGGUCAGACAGAUGCCAACAGCUGUUACAGCUGCCCCACACACGCCUCCAGCCGCUGAGCCCCAACGCAAGAACUCAGACUCGGGCAAAGCAGCCGGGGCCGCCGGAAAGAAGUUCGAGGACCGGUCCGGUAAAGUCAAGGUGGUCACAUCAGUUUCUGUAAAGGAGGACUCGUGGACUUUGUUUAAGCCACCGCCUGUGUUUCCUGUGGACAACAGUAGCGCUAAGAUUGUGCCUAAGAUCAGUUAUGCAAGCAAAGUGAAGGAGAACCUUAAUAAAGCGGCCCAAACCGUGGGAGACGCCCUUCCUCCUCCUCCUCCUAUUACUACUCCUUCCCAGGUUCCUGGGAGACUCUCACAGGUUCCCAUGUCCGCAGUGAAGACCAUCACUUCGGCUAGCUUUAGCAACGGCCCCUUGUCAGGUGAAGGGAACAGCUGCCCCUUGCCUGGGCCGCUCUUCAACUCCACACCGUCGGGCGCCGCAACCGCACUGGUCCCCACUGGUCCAGGGGAUGAGAACGUAGCAUCCUCAUCUAGCACGACUAGCGGCUCCACGUCAGUUAGUUCUGCUACCACAAUGACUGUCGUGGAGCCCAGGAAACCAAGUCUUUUUGUUUCUGCCUUCGCCCCCUCAAAUAUGCAACUCUCGCUCCCAAGCGCCCGCCAGCCCGACCCUCCCAACGCUCAGACAAAUCAGAAGUCUCUGGGGGACAUCUUUCAGAACCAGUGGGGCCUGUCGUUUAUCAACGAGCCCAGUGCUGGGCCUGAGACCACGGUAUGCCGGUCCUUGGGUAAAGGCAAGCCCGUGGAGGUGACCUUUCAGGGGGAUUGUUCCUCUGCCAUUGUGGGGGUCACACAGACUCCUUCCGCGUCACCUCUGAGGUCAGAGCAUCCUCCCUUCCCAAAGGCUUACGAGCUUGACAAACGGACUAGUGUUCAAACUCUAAACAGGGGCGCCACCUCUUGCCCCCCCUCAGGGGCCGCUGCGCAAGACAGCCCCUCGCAGACCCCCGUCUUCGGACUGGACGCCCAGAAAGACGAGGCUGGGGGACAUGGUGCAAUAGUGUUUUGCUCUUCCUCAAAGGACCCUGGGGCGGAGCUGCCUCAGACCUGCCCGGUUCCAGCCGUGCUGGCUUUGGUCAGAGACCAGGGCCGUACUAAGGGCUUCGACAGGAGGUCUGACUCUGGGUCUUUUGAUCUAAAAGCUGCUGUAAUUUAUCACACUAAAGAAAUGGAAUAUAUUUUGAAUUUGCAAAAACAAGAUCCAAAUAGAGUAGUCCUCUAUUGCGAUUUGAAGGAUGGUCCUGAUCAUUGAGGAUAAGACUGGAUGUCCAUACAGUACUGCCCUCAGCCGGACACUGCUACAGGAGACCUGCUCUGAAGGACACGGUUUGUCACACACAAACAAACAAAAGAAAAACAAAAAAAGAAAACAAAAAAAACAAACAAACAAAAGCAAAAUGUAUCAAUCCAGAAUGUAACGGUUACACCUGAGCUGAGGACCAUCUCAACAGUUAGCAGUUGAUGCAAAACCGAGAGGAGAAAAGAACGGGAGACAUUCUUCGAGGAAACGUGUUGGUCUGAUUUGAACAUAAGAAUUAAAGGAGCUUGCGCUACGGAGGAGCACAGCUCUAAAGCGGUCAACGGGGAGAAAAAAAAAAACUAUAAAAACAAAACAAACAAACAAAAAAAAACAAACAAAAAAAAACAGAAGUUGCUGAAGACAAGUCAAACGCUGGGGGAUGUUCAUCUUGUAAUUUCAACUGAUAACACUCAACAAAGAUCCACAGCGCUGGUUACAGGCAGGGAACGCACUCCUCCCCAAAGAGCACAUGAAUGUGUGGGACAUCUAAAGCUGUUUCCACAGCAGUCGGGAGGAUGCUUUCUCUUUUUCUUUUUUUUUUUUCUUUUUUUUUUCCCCUUCUUUCUCUUUCAUAUGAAUUCAGAUGGUAACAUAGACUUGAGAUAGUCAUGUGUAAGCCCAUUUGAAUUCAUACUGAAGGAGGCAAAAAGAAGGUUGAAAAAGUAUUGCCCUCAGUUGUCGGGGAAAUACCAUCUGAAAAAUCCAUCCAGAGGGGAAAAAUAAUUUCUCUGGAUUCAGAUGAAACUUCUGUGGAAAUGUCAAGAGGACAGACGGACAGGUGGCUUCACACUUUGGGGGGGAAAAAAUAAUCGUCUUAAUUUCUCAUCCCUUCUCGACCACAUCUUAUUUUUUUCUGCUUUUCACCGGAAAUAUUUGGUAUAGAAAUAAGAUGCCAGGAGAGACUAGAGAGUGAAUUUACUAUGGGGAGACUGUGCUUGCUUAGCGUGCAGGACGAGAAUGCUGCUCUGGAUACCCUCUGAUGGAAGAUUUCAAAGUGCUAUUUGUUCCAUAGUCUUACGGUUGUCCUUUUUUUUUUCCCUUACCUGCCAUCUGAAAUGCAUUUGCCUCUUGCUCAGUGUUUGUGUGAGUGUUAAAAUGGAGGGCAGAGAUAAUACUAUUGUCUUUCAUUUCUUUCUUUCUUUCUUUCUUUCUUUCUUUGUUU